AUGAUGGCCAAAGCUAAGCAAGGCUUGCGAGCUUUGAAUCAAGUCGGAUACUCGCUCAAACAGGUUCGCCAAGCGCUCGGCAUUCAACAGAAGACACUCGAAGGAAAACUGGAGAAAGCAGAAAAGAAGGCAGAAGACAUAAGUGCAAGGGUGGAAAAAGCACUGAAAGAAACCAUGAAGAUCUUGACAGACGCCACUAAAGCGGCUGCCGCUAAGCUGGGAUCAGUAUCAGGUACUUCUUGAGAUCGAGAAUAGCAAAGUUGUUUUAAAGUGUAUUUCAACCGAUUUUCAUAAAGUCAAAUCAACAUAAUCACAAAAGCCUUUCACGAACGAGGGAAACUAUCAUACGAACCCAAAAGAACCGAGCAAGCUGCUUGAACUGCGCGAAAACGCGAACGUAUACUUGCAAUUUGUUUUAGCUGUGCGUCUGAUUGAUUGAUAGUGCUCGCACAACUAACCUUUAAUUGUAAAUUAAAAUUGACGGUAAAAGGAAACUAAAGGAACGAACCACCUGACCCUAUCGACGUCGAAAAAAAAACCCGGCCUCUUGGCGAUGAGGAAUGCUUUCCCGCGGAAGUAGUUAACUUUCAUUUUAUAUCAUUUCUACCUCGAAAAUAUUGAAAUCGGGAAUCCUUUAUUAGACAAGAAUGCACUUUAUAUAUAAUUUGGCUCCGCCCCUCGGUUUAAGUUCAAAUGCAGUAAUCAUCCCCUAUGGCGACCAUUGUUAAAGAAAGGCCUUCAACAUUUCUACGUCUCUCAUCCUUUUUUUUACGUUCAUUGACAUUCAGUAUUUAGAGACAGUAAUGAAACUACGCCGUGCUAAUAUUACGUGAUGGCGAAGAGUAUCAUCUCGAGUUUCAAAUUUACCGCCACACAAUUUGGAUUAGAGGAAGAAGAUACAAAUCUCAAUAAAUUCUUCCAUUGUGAUGAAAACGUAGAAACUUAUCAGUGCUUUUGAGAAAUCCGCCUAGGCCCAGUUGAAUAAAGGGUUGAUAAUGUUAUCCAACGAAUAAAUCGCUAUCCAUGGGAUAAGUGAGAACAAAACGUACUGCACUAUCCACCCAAUAGACAUUUAUCCAGUGGAUAGUGUUAUCCAACCUUCAAACGGCCGGGGCCUGCUGUUCACUCGCUUUGCAUAAGCUGCAGCUCAAACUAUUUUGAAUAAAGAGGUCUGUAUGCCUUGACAGUUGAUUGACAAAUGAUCAUGAGGUACCCAGGGCACCUCUCCUUUUACAGCGCACCUUCGCGUUUAAGGUUUAACCCUUUAACUCCCAAGAUCUCAUUAGUAAUUCUCCCUACUGUCUGCCAUACAGUUCUUGAGAUGUUAGUUUGGAGAAUUUGGUAUUAGAUCAACUUAUAACCCCCUAAUUCAUAUUUUUCUUCAUUCUCAUCACUUGUCUGCUUGAUAUUGUGUUGAUAUUACGAGGAGAAAUCCUGUCUUGGUCACUCAUGGGAGUUAAAGGGUUAAGGGUAACUUGAGAUUGGACGCCAUGUCUAGGAAAAUAGGCUUCAGAAAUUUCUUCGCGAGUUCACUGAAAAGGACUCAGCCAUCACUAUCUCAAUUCCCUGCAGUUCUCUGGACAUCUCUGUUUUUCUCCUUGAUUGUUUUGUCUGUUAUUUAUUCUUUACAGAUGCCACUAAUGAUUUGGGACAACUAAGUAAAGACAUCGAAGAGACGAAAUCACACGACAUGAUCAGCAAAAUAAGAGAAAUGAUCGCCGAGAAACCGGAAAAGGAGGAACACGAUGAUGAGAAAGACUCAAAAAAAAGUAUAGGCACUGAGGACAGCAAGGACCAAUCGAAAGGUGACAAACAACACAAAAAACUGAAACCGAAGGACAACAUUCCAAGUGCGCUCGAAGUAGAUGAAACUGCCGUCGCUAGAAGCCUGCUGGACUUACAAAAACACGAGGUUGAAGAGGUAGAAAAGGCGAAAGAUGCUAUCCACGAAAAAGCGCAAGCAAACAAACGAGCGUUUGAAAAGACCAAAGACCUCCUGAAGGAGAUGGAAGACGGAUUAUUAAAGUUCAGAAACGUCUAUUAAAAAGAAGUCACGUAGAACGAUGAUUCAUGGGACUGGAGGGCAUGGGCAGAAUUUUCCGCGAGAAAUCCUGGAUUUAGCUGGCAGGAUUAUUAUUCUUUUGAGUGCUUGCGAAUAAGCUUUGUUGGCCUCGCUUUUGAGUGAAAAGCUAAGUAACACACAUGUAGAAGAAUAACAGUCAGCCUCGUCAAUUAUGGAAGAAGGCUAUUUCGCCUUUGAAGUUUAUGUCUUGCUCUCUACUCAGUUUUCUGGAAUAAUGUCCAGUCCUUUGUUUGGAUUUUUCUUCUUUUUCUUCUCAGGUCAACCUUGCCCGUGAGAACGCAAGCCUAGUCAGUUCAACAGUAGUUAUAAUACUAACAGGAGGUAGCAAAUAUGUACUGGCUUUAGAGGAUGGUUUCACUCAAGCAGCCCAUAAAAUGACAAAUCAUUGCAUACUCCUCUUCAGUUUGUAUGUUAUGACGAAAUUCAAUUCAUGCAAUGCUGUGUAUCGUCGAUAAAUAUAUUUUGAAAGUCGCAUAGCUUUGAUAGGCAGAACCGGAAAUUCGGCUGGGACUCCGGCUAGCUUCAGUGGUUCAGUAAUUUAAAAGAUUCAAAAGUAUUACCUCAAUAACGUAACCCAGAUAUCGGUGGCCGAAUCUUGUUAUCGGUAAUUAUUCCCUGUUUGUUAACGAAUAAACGACUAUAAAUCAUGCGUGACAAUUUCCUUUACUGAAGGAUUCUUUCAUUGUUAAUCCUCAUAAAAUAAUAACAACUUAAAAAGAAGUGAUACGCAUGGCUGGUUACGCAGCAGUGAUUAUGAUCUCUAUGGUAACAACCCUCAAAAGCUCAAAAUAGCCCAAUAUUGAAAAAAUUUUCAAAAAUGCCUGUUCUUUUUCAAUAGUCUACAUUGAAAUUUAAACUCCCUCGUUGAGGGGAGCGAUUUGGCAGGUUAUUAUUGACAGAGUGAAGUACACAAUAAGAGAAAAAAACAGCGAGAAAAACUAGACAACAAGAGUUCAGAUGCUCCUUCUGUCAACGAAUCUGCUUUUUGGGAAACAGACCGUUCAGCCAUCAUCGGAUUCAUAAAUUGAAUGCCUCUAACUGGAGAUUCUACUCGUUAUGCUUAGAUUGCCAGCAACGAACUAGUUAUAGUCUAAGUCAAUCUUAUCAACACUACCUGUUGAAGGACUUGUAAUUUCUAACAAGCCUGAGCUAUGCCUGAUCAAGCGAGAAUUUCGAACAUAAUACUACUCUUGAAUUUUUUUUUUAAUGAAAUUUCUUCAAAAUUAAGAUAAAAGGAGUAGUUCACAGUUUUAAGAAAGGAGGAAGCUUAGUUGUUGGCGAAUCAAACCGCCUAUUCUUGUUCGCUGAACAAGAAUAGGCGGUUUGAUUCGGAUAAUAGAAAGGGAUGAAAUCCGAGUGCCACAAUAGUAUAAGCUCUUAGUAACAGUUACGAGGCUUAAUUUUGUGGAGUACCGACUCGUAAUUCUAAAUGUUAAGUAAAUUUGGUGCGGUACCGCUUUCUAGGUUUCAAAAUAUGUCAUCAAAUAAACUCCUCUUAAUUCUUGCUCCCUAGCCCCCCACUAUCAGAUGUGGCUUACGUGCUAUCCACCCCUAGACUACAUUAUCUGGCAAACACAUGACUAGAAUAGAUAAACACAAAGACAAUUAUUAGGUACAGUAAAGAUGCAACACCAUAUUCUCUCCUAUUAUUUACAAGGAAAUGCUGAUAAGCCAAAAGGGAGGAUAAAAAUUCCGUCUUGGUGGUGUCAGAUGGAGCAAACCCGUUCAAAGCCGUACUUUGGGCCUCCUUAACGCAUAAUAAAUGGCACGGUGAGAUCGGAGGUAGUCCUGUUAAGGAUAGUAACAAACGUCAGUGACAUUGCCUCAUAUUUCGACAACCUGACCGGAAGUCAUCAACAAUCGUCUGGAAAUUUUUGACGUCCCUUAUAACGUCACCGACUUGAGUACCAGGCUCCUCAGAGUAAUUUGCGCAUCGGGAUUGAAAACACUGAAAAAGCGUGCUUAACAGGCCACUUCCGAUUAGGGCGACUUCGCACCUAGCCUCGUCCUCACGCCGUAAUUUCGGUACCAGUUCACUGAGCCGCGAGAACUUGGAAGUGGCCUAUGUCCAAUUUUAUGCCCGAAGCACAGUUGUGAAAACAAUAUAUGAGGCAGUUGUGUGUUCUUAGAACAUUCAAUCGAAAAGGUUUUGGUAUUGAAGUUGUUCAAACAACGUACGGUAAUCGUUUAUGUUUAACUUAGUCCAAGAAGUCAAAGACUAACUUCCCUAAACUAAGGACUAAGACCUUACUGAGGAAUGUUAGCUCUAGGUCGUGGCAGGAAUUAAUCCACAGGGUCAUGGAGUGGAAUUCAUCCCAGAAUAUUCAUUCAUAAGAUCAACUAGAAAUUCUACCCCAUGAUCCUUGCGUAGAUUGGUAGCCUUCUCAAAAUUUACUUAUCGACUAAACUUUCCCACUGGUAAGGACAAUUACGUUUAACCUGGAGAGAAUUUCUGAGUCUGGUCUGUUAGUUGUGACUGUAAGUGACCAUCCUAUGAAAGGUUUAAUUGUAACGCUCAUCAAAGAAACAUUUCUGUUCAAGAACUUUGUGUUUUUAUUCAUUGGGGGGUUGCAUAUUUUAAUUCAUAGCACUAUAUAAAUUAUAAAGUAAAGGUUGUUGAAAGAUUAUUUCUUUCUGGCUGAAAAAUAUUUUAACUGAUCUUUAUUUAAAUGGUGCGGCAACGAGGCACACCCAAAAUUGCUCAAAAUUGAUUACUUUACUCAACGCACCAAAAAUCUGUGUUGAUCCCAAGAGAAAAAUUAAAAAAUGUGAGUCUUUUUUCCAAGAUGACAUAUAUAUGUAUAGAUCUUGUUCAUUUUUAGCUUAAGCUGAAGUUGAUAAAUGCAGCCAACCCUUCUAUACCGGAAGAAAUUUCGAGUCAAAUGAGAAGUUACAUCAUGAGACAAGUUGGCCUUUUGUAUUGCGUCUUAGGCGAUGAAUCAAACAAAGAAACACCUAAUAGAGCGUGGCUACAAAAUGAGUCGGUACGUUAAACAAUAGUGGCGGAAAAAAGAUUAUGUUGACAUCCUUGGGAAUACGAAUUGAAAAAUCACAUGUUUGUAUAAAGUUAAGGAGAGUGUACAAGACACAUGUGUGUCGCGAUUAAAAGUACUUACCAAAUGCAUGAACUUGGAAAUUUCUAGGUAGUCUUGAAACAAAGUGCAAAUUACCACGCCAUUGCAAUGGUAAAACUGUUUGCUAAAAGCGCGUCAAUACCUCAGUGUAAUAUUAGACAGCUUAGACACCCUUUAUGUCUGAAAUAGAACCAACCCCAUUGAUGACGAGCUCGAAGAUUUGAGUCAUCCUCGCACAAACAUGUCAAACGUAGACAGCUUAGACUGCUUCGGGCAAAAACCUCUUUGUAGCUACUACCGUCAAAGUCAAGAAAGAGAUGGCUAUCGUUAAAAUUAUUUUAGCGUUGGCUUUGAUUGUUGAAAUACAAUUCAUCGCCGUAAGGUGUUCCAAUUCCUUUCCGUCGCCAAGUAAGUAAAUAGUUAUUGUCUGUAAUUGUAUCUUCAGUCAAUUUUAAACUAUUGAAGCGUUACAUGAUCUUCCGAAAAGAAAGUAAGAAGCGAAGAAGUAACAUUGUAUUGACGAGUGGAACCUAAUUAUAAUUAACCAUAACUUCAGUUAACAUUGCAAAAGUAAAAGCACACUUUUCAAAACUUUUAAGACUUAACGCAAAACUUAACGACAAUAGCAUUGUGUUUUUCCUCACCCCUUUGCACGUUUCGUUCACGAUCACUCCAAAAAAGGCGAAUAUAGUAAGACCAGCCUUAUUAAGCUCUAAGUAGACUACAGAUCAGAGCUGGAAUGAAAUGUUGUAUUUACAUUCCACAACAACAGGUUACCACUUGAGAUGUGUUAGUCGUUAAGUUUACCAGGUAUCAAAGUUCCUCGUCGUCACAAACUGUAAAGUGUCCAAUUUCCCAACACCUGCCAGGUCUUUUUCACCUGCCAAAAAGUUAUACUAUUCAAACGACUGAGCUCUUAAUGGGAAAUCACUUUUGAAUCUAAGUUGCAUGUAGCCCUGAGGGAAGGAGCGUGAAAUGCAUAGCUGGACUGUGCGUGAAAAGUUUAUUUGGUAUCAUUAACUGAGUUGAUAACGUCAAUCGGCCACAGUAAAGAAUUUCAAAGCUGACGUUUCGAGCGUGAGCUCUUCGUCAGAGCGAAGGGCUUACGCUCUGACGAAGGGCUAACGCUCGAAACGUCAGCUUUCAAACUCUUUACGGUGGCCAAUUUACGUUAUUAACUCCAAAUUAUUACUUAUCCAAUACUUAUCCAACUUAUUAACUCUUAUUAACACCAAAUUACCUUGUUAUACUCUCCCACCGACGCAGCAUCAUAGUUUCUUAAGAAACUUACCCCCUUUAUUCAUUUGUGCAUAAAAAGGUUGGACUGCUCUUCCUGCUAUUCUACUAAGACAUGUUUACGAACUGAAUUUUCUUGGCUAAAAUUUUCUUAUUGUAAUCAAGGUACGAUUCCUCAACCUUUAUAUACGGCCUUUUCAGCUAUAUUGCCGCCCAUUCUGUUCAAUGUUGUCUUUGAUACUAUAUGGUACGGGCUGAAGUUUCAAGCACGUAUUUUGCAACUCGAAAGCAGAAUAUAACUGUUUAAUGUCAUCGAUGAAAAAAUCUAGCCCAUAAACGCACUAGAUAGACUUCUAGGAAACCUACGUAAACAUUUUAAAGAUUAAGUUUCAAUCUGAAUUAAGCCUUGAAAAAUGUUCCCUCUCAACUGGGAUCGGUGAGAGGGAAAACAAAUUUAUUUUGUUUAGCAUGUAGCCACAACUUUAAAGUUGCUCAAAAACCUUUUCAAACUUUGGGGCAUAUUUUUUGCCGAAUCCAAGGAUCUUGUUACGAAAGAACAACGAACCGACGCUAUUUAUUCUAUUCCUUGCAAUGACUGUGAUAACGGGUAUAUCGGACAAACCAGUUUGGUACACGUUUGAAAGAGCAUCAAAAAGCGUUUUUUUUUUGCAAAAAAGAAAAUUCAGCUUUAUCGGAGCACACAUGCCUAACCAACCAUACAAUUGGGUGGGAUGAGUCCAAGAUUAUCACCACUAAUCGGCGUUUACCUCCAGCGCCUUUGUUUGGAAGCUUGGCAUAUUAACUUCAAAUCGUGAUGAUGGCGGCUUACUUCCUAACGCCUAUUUACGCCUCGUCAGAAAAACAGCGUGAGCGUAUAAAAGGACCUCUUGUUACAGCGAUCACCCCUGAUAAAGGCACUAGACAGGAUUGUCGAAACGUUGGGUCUAUGAAUUGUAACUUCUCGGUUACAUUAAUUAAAUCUUUAAACCAGAGUAGCAUCAAACCAAGCUUAUCUUUGAUAAACAAGCUAAAUUUUCUUUGAUAAGGGCGUGAAAAGUCAGUGAAAAAGUUACUUUGUAUUAUAGUGAGACAAAGCAUUGUCGAGGUCGUUAAGGAAUAACUUGCUUAUCACCUGGUUUUAUUCUUUCCUUUUUUAGAUUUCCACAGUAUAUAAAAUAGAGUACACUAAACCUUAUUAACCCAGUUUGUGAAAUCUUCAGUUUGUCAUCGACGUAAUUUAGAAAUGAUUUCUAUGAAAUUCAAUUUUCCGUCAAUGGAUGUUUUAAAAGUCUUAGUUUAUUUUUCUACCCCAACUUGCACUCGUAAGUAAUAAUUAAGGAAAUAACUUCAAGAAACUCCUAUACAAUAUAUUUGAAGUAAAAAUUCAUGUUCUCAUUCUCUAUACAAUAGUACGGAAAAACAAACGUGUAAAACAGAACGCAUUCCUUGAGUCAGUCUUCACUCAUGAAUUUUCAUUAAACAUUCAUAAGCUUCGUCUUUUCUUUGAUGACUGCUAGUUCAACUCUGAAAAAAAUGUGAUUGUUAUAACUCUUUUUUUUUAUGCACAAUGAGUCUCAGCUAGUUUCAUUCAAAAUAAGAGCUACCACUAAAUUUUACCUCAAGAACCAACCCAAAGUGAUAAUGGUAUAAGCUUAAAGAUCAACAAUAGCUUUUUCUUUAACGACUACACAGCUUUCCGAUGCACCGCUUAGUUUAUACUGAAGUAUACUUCACCUGUCGCUCUGACACUGAGUCACUUUGAAGUCUAAUGAGCGUCAAAAAAAGAAAAAAAAGGAAAUUACUGUUAACCAUGUCAUUGGUUUUUUUCAUUUGAACACGACUUAGAGGCCACGCUUGCUUCACAGGUUAACAGCAGGUACCAUGUUCUCCCGAGGAAACUUGAUGACCUCCCGUGACACUGGUAUUGAAGAUCUUGUUAUAAAAGAUACAGCACUUUGAAUCAAAAUAAAAUCAACCUCAAACUGAUAGGAACUUGAAUUUUCAUAAAAUAGCAUGUUAGUGUGGCAAAGCACUCCGGGAUGGAAACAAUACUCCAAGCAAGGAACGAGGAUGAUUAAGAAUGAAGAAGGUCACCGAGGAUAGCGAUGGACAAACUUGAGUGAAAAAAUUGGCCGGCUAAUUUCUCAGUUUUUAGAAACUAUUGACAGUCCGCCUUAAAGACUAAUGCUUAUAAAAAUUAGAGAAUGUACUCUGGUAAUUAUGGUCUUUGACUGAUACUCCAUAAAGCAAACCAGAGUGUGGUAAUAACAUACGAAAAAGCAAAAAGCAGUUAAUUAUUCAUAAUUGCAAUCUUGGACCAAUUGAUUAUCGCAGAAAUUGAGCAAUUCCAAGUUCAUGAAAGUAAAAUCACAAGAGUCAAUAGAAACUCAAAGCUAAAAGCAAAACGACAUGUUAGGCGUGGAUAAAUGCGGUAACGGUGAGGUUUGUUGAAUGUUACAUCUGUUUGGUACAAAACUUCGCGCGAGUUUUUCUUACACCAAUCACACAACGCACCAAACCAAAGCCAACACAUCUAUCCAAAAAGCCGCUCAUGAUUUAAGAAAUAGGCUGCAGAUUGGCGCAGUAUACCUUUGUAGUUAUGCUCGCACCGUGAGUUAAAUCAGCCCUUAAUGUCACCUAAAUUCUUCUCAAGACUCAGUGAAGAAAAAAUUCAUUCAAAAAAGAGAAGAAAGGAAAAAGAGAAUUCUCUCUUUUGCCCUAACGGGAAAAGGUUUGAGCAGGGAAACGAGUCUCUCGAUCCGUUUUGUAUCGAUUUUUGUGCUUGCUACACCUGUGAUAACAUAUUAGAACCAAUUCUUUUUUCAGUUUACAUUUUAAUUUUGCGUUAAGAUUAUAACUGGCCUAAUAUCUCUAUGAUGACCACAAUGUUCUUUAAUUUAGGUGUCACCAGAUCGGAAGGACUGAAAAAGCUGUUCGGAAAGGAUUUCGAAAGCGACUUGCAGUCCCAGUCACUUGCCUUUACUUCGGGAACAGGACCACGGCCUUUUGCCAACGAAGAGGUUGGUUACACAGGACCUUCCAUUGACCUUUUGGAGACCGAUAAGAGUGGACCUAAAGAUGAAAAUGCGGAAGGGGAUGUGGAAUUGGCUUACACUAAAUCAGGCAAUAAGAACAAGCACGACGAAAGCCACGAGAUCUCUUCGCCUCGUGUGCGACAAAUUAUGCUACUGAAAGCGCGAGCCACAACCAAAGCUACGGAAGGAGAUUCAAGAAAAGGGAUAGUUAACCAAGAUGAAAACGGAUAUGAACGCAGACCUGAGCACAGUAUUACAAGAGUAACUCUUCGCAACAUAUUCAACCAGAUAGGUAGAAAGGAAGAGAAAAUUGGUGACGGUCAAUCUGACGAGGAGGUGAGGGAUGCUGCAUCUGGAAGUGCAAUUCGUUCAGAAACAGAAUCCAGUGGUUGGUCUACAUUUGAAACUGCAGAGAGUUCAAGUGAGCCUGAAGGAGUCUCACAUGAAUUAGAAACUGGUUCUAAAAACGAGCCAGAAUUCGCAGGUAAGAAUACAGGAGCAUCUAGAGAUCAAGGAAGCGGUGAUCUUCAGUUCUCUUAUGGUGGAAUGACACUUCCACAAGAUGUCAAAGGAGCGAAUGUCGCCAAGGUUGUGUCAGAAUCAGCUCGUGAUAAGCCUAAAAGAACUGCUAUAAAAGGAGAAGGAAACAGCGGAAGUGAGAAGCUGCCAUUCGAUCCCAUACUCCUUUUUCAAGUAAGAAAUAUCAGAACCAACGUCCUGAAGGCGGAAAAACAGGCAACCAUGGAACUAAACGACGUCAGAAAAGAAUUCAGAGCUAAAAUGGAAGAUCUUCAGGAAGACCUAAAGAUGGUGAGAAAGCUGACAAGUAAUGUCCACAGGAAAGUUGGCAUUACAGUUAAACAGGCGCUUGCAAUGGCAAGACAAGCGAAGACCAACGCAACCAACAGAUUGGCAAUGGCACGAAGUAAGUGACACUUAAUUGUUAUGUCGCGAAAUUUUCACCUCACGUGCUAUUCUAGUUUCCAGAGCCCUUAAAUCUCUCCUCAGGAGAAGGGCUCCCGGCACGAAAAUGUUCAUUCAGUGACCAAUAAUAUAUUGGGACUUUCCCCACUCGUCUCAAGAUUGCCAGCCAACGCAAACUGCUGAUGAUGUGACUGAUUGAUCUUGACCUUUUCAUGUUUAAUUUAUGUGCUAAAGGGUAACACAAAGCAUUAAUGUACGGAUAACAGGCUGUUAGUGGAACAGUUAGCUAACUUUUCAGGGUUUGCACAAAUUUAGAGUAUCUCUAUGAUUUUUUCUCUGUACAUCGUUAACAAAUUGAGUGGGUGCCACGGGUGAUGGAUCAGGUCAAGUGACAUAUCAGCUGAAUGGCUUUAUUCGUAAUGUUGCUAAUCCCUGUUUAGGAUCCGUUUGGAGGCUCUGAUGUAAAUUGUCCCUGCUACCUCUCCCGUAAACCAUUCUGGUGUCGGUCCAGAAUCAAUGCUUGCAUUGAUGAUAUGUCGAGACACUUGUGCAGGUGUAACACCUUCAUCUUCAUUUGAAGGAACGUGCCUUGAAUGAUAGUCUUACCUCUUAACCUCUUUAUAAAAUAUCGAAACCCCGCCUCCGCCACAGAAGAGGCGCCAGACAAGUAAGUGCCACACUGAAACGGGGCCAGCAGAUCCCUCUUACCUAUCCUCGAGGAUGAGUGAAAACUAAAUGACGACUAAGAAUUGUCUAAAAGAUCUCAUUGUCGUGUGCGGUGUCAGGAUUUCCCAGUAAAACCUAUUGUCUCCACACUAGUUUCUAAUUAACCUGUUCAUGUAUUUUCUGUGAUUAUAGAAGCUGCGACAGCUCUGAACAACAUCGAGAAAAAGCUCGGAGUAAUUCAUACGAUUAACGCCUCCAGAAUACUUCGCUCAAAGAUUCCUCAGUUUCCAAAAUACAGUGAUGUCACCCUCUACCAACAGCUCCUGGCAACCAACCGAAUCUUGACGAAGCUCAAUGGCGCUAAAGUCUUGGCGAUUGAUCGGGCAGAGAGGAGAUUUCGCAACGAAGAGGAGACAGGAAGCUCAAUCUCACAAGAGGUAGAUUCCCUAAGAGAUGAAUUAGCCUCUGCGGAGGAGGAACUCAGCGAGGAGACGGAUCGGGAAAUGGAAGAUGAGAGAGAGGCACAAGAGAAGAUACAAGAGGCUUUGGAAAGGAACAAACUUGUUGCAAAGAAGACGGCAUUUGCUCUAACGGCUAUUGAGAACUACUUGGAGAAGCUUCAGACAGACGAGGCUAAGCUUAAGCGGUUCCGAUUUUAGCCAUUUAGAGACGUGAUCAAAGGCAAAACACGUUCCUUCCACUAGCCUCCUUACUCCUACACUAGUAAUGAGUAAAAUUUAAAGACCCUUCGUUCAAAUUGAUUGGUUUCAGUGUAUCCAUUGUUCCGUGACUAACACAUCAGGGUUGAUGUAAAAAUAGUGCUUGCUUCCUUGAUAUUCAGCUGUUUCAAGAAAGGUCGUCGGAAAAAAGGACAAAAGUGCACGCGACAAUCUCAAUAGGUUAUCUGGUAAUCAAUGAAUCUUAAAAGGUAAAAUAAAAAGAGUGAAUUAAUAAAUUAAAAAACGCGGUGGCUCAUCCUCACAAUGACUUUUUGUCAAAUUUCUAAAUCCUGAGGUCAAGAAACAGUAACACGAGAACUACACACGUUGACUUUCAGCUUUGUCGUGUGCACUUUCGCACUCUUUCUUCAGAGAACCUUUCUCG